AUGUUCGAAGAGAAACUUGUCGUCGGAGUGGCAUCAGCCUGCUCUACUUUGGCCAUCGUUGCUUGUUUAGUGGUUGUACCAUCUCUGUACAGCACCAUCAACGAAAUCCACGAUGAGGUUCUCGAUGGAGUUUCCGUGUUUCGCGUUGAGACCGAUUCCGCAUGGGCUCAGAUGAUGGAUUACCAAAUCACGGUCUCUCCACCAGCCAAACCCCGCCAAAAUCCCUUCAACUCUAUCUUCCGUGAGAAGAGACAGGGACUUCCAUCAUACUGCCAAUGUACACCACCCACCGUCAAUUGCCCUCCAGGACCACCAGGACCACCAGGACAACCUGGACAACCUGGUUUGUCAUUUGGCGAAAGCUUCUUUUAG